GGAAAAAAUCUCCACUCGAGCUCCACCCCCCUCUCUGCCUAUAAAAUGUAACCUAGGCGAAGCCUCCGUGGUUAUUCGUUCCCCACCGAGCCGCCUCUAGGGUUUCCUCCUCCGUCCGCACCAACCGCCGCCAUGGCUCGCCGCAGCUCAGGUAGGUCAGCACCCCGUCCUGCUUCUCGUGUUGCUCCAGUGAGAAACCCACCACAGCCAGUGCGCCAAGCUCCUCCUCCUGCUCCUACUCCUACUCAGAGCGGUGGUGGCUCCAUUCUUGGAGGAAUUGGGUCCACGAUUGCUCAAGGCAUGGCGUUUGGUACUGGCAGUGCCAUGGCACAUAGAGCUGUCGAUGCGGUAAUGGGUCCCCGGACCAUUCAGCAUGAGACUGUUGUCUCGGAGGCUGCUGCUGCUGCCCCUGCUGCUCCAAUGAGCAAUGCUGAUUCUUGCAACAUCCACUCUAAGGCCUUCCAAGAUUGCAUCAACAACUACGGAAGCGACAUCAGCAAGUGCCAGUUCUAUCUUGACAUGCUGAACGAGUGCCGCCGGGGUGCUGGUGCAUCUAUUGCUUAAGCUGCCGCUUCACUGCAGUUGAUUCAUGGGUUCUCUAUUUUACUCUUUCACUGAAGUUUAAGACUUGGUGUGCGUGUAUGAGUUUGUGGUUAUGUUGUGUUGUCCUGGGAGUAGUACAUUAUGUCCUUAAAUGUGGAACAGUCUUUCGUGAUAAUGGCGAUUAUAAAUGUUGAAAAUAACCUGUUGUGCU